GAUGGCUGAUGAAGACUUUUUUUUUGGUCGAAAUCAGAGCAGGCGGACCGUCUUCUGUUCCACACUCUCCGGUGAAAUUCUGCGGAUCAUUUGUCGGCAUCCGAACGAUGGAUAAUCAGCCAUUGUCGGAUUCUCCACCUCUCUCUCCGUACGAGCUUCUCGUUCAAGCUCUCUCUCUCAUCCCCGUUCAUCACUAUGUCUUCGCUCUCCUCCUUGUCUGGUUCGUCUUCCUCUACAAUUUCCUCGAGUUUCAUUUAUUCGAGGACUUGAUUCUCGGACGCUUCAGCGGUCGCGUGAAUCUCACGUACAAUCCCGAUUCCCCUGUCUACAACGGCGUCGUCGCUCGGUGCAGAAUUCUUCUCGGCCGGUAUGCGACGACGCCAUGGCUGUCAAGUCCUCAUAUUCAGACCUGUUUCCUCAAUUUCUUCGGAAGGCCUCCGGUUUUCAACUACAGGAGGCAAAUCUUUCGAACUUCUGAUGGAGGAACAAUUGCUUUGGAUUGGCUGACGAGCUCUGAUGUUGUGGAUGAUGCUCCUCGCAAGCAUAAUGAAAUCAGAAAAGAUGAUACGACACCUAUUGCUGUCGUAGUACCAGGGUUAUCCAGCGAUUCGUCAGCUGCUUAUCUAAAGCACCUAGCCUACAGCGUGGCCAAGGCUGGUUGGAAUGUUGUUGUUAGCAACCAUCGAGGAUUGGGUGGUGUCUCUGUUACUUCUGAUAUCUUCUACAAUGCUGGAUGGACGGAGGACAUACGGGUUAUCGUCGAUUAUCUCCAUCAUGAAUAUCCGAUGGCUCCUCUUUUUACCAUUGGAACUAGUGUUGGAGCCAAUAUUCUGGUCAAAUACCUUGGAGAGGAGGGUGAGAAGACUCCUGUAGCUGGCGCUGUGGCUAUUUGCUCUCCUUGGGACCUAUUGAUAAGUGACAGAUUUAUUUGCCGCGGGCUGGUACAAAAGUUGUACGGUAGAGCUCUAACCAUCGGGCUCCAAGGUUAUGCGCAACUGCAUGAACCUCAAAUCUCUCGGCUAGCUAACUGGGAAGGCAUAAAAAAGUCACGUUCCAUCCGAGAUUUUGAUCACCAUGCUACCAUCCAUAUUGGAAAUUUUGAGACAGUGGAUACAUUUUACCGGCGAUCCAGCAGUGCCCAAUAUGUGAGAAAUGUGUCAGUGCCUCUUCUCUGUAUAAGUGCUCUGGAUGAUCCAUUAUGCACAAAGGAAGCCAUUCCCUGGGACGAAUGCCGGGCAAACAAAAACGUUGUCUUGGCUACGACAAAGCAUGGAGGGCAUCUAGCUUUCUUCCAAGGAUUCACUGCCCCUAGCUUGUGGUGGGUUCAUGCUACCAACGAAUUUCUCGGCGUCCUAAGCUGUAGUCGUUAUAUGCAUUUACCGAAGAAGGCCAAAGGGACGGAAGUAGCUUCGCCUCGGGAACCUUCCAUUAAUCAAGGCCCGUACCUAAAUGUGGCGGAAGACGGGAUGGUAGCUGCGGUCACCUACGACCAAGACGCUGAAACAUUGCAGUUAGAGACAAAACACAGUUCCGAGCCCAAGCCUGAGGAUGUCCCGUUCUUACAUACCAAAUGUUCCGCAAGUAGAAGAUUCAAAGAGGUCAGUCGAUGGAGGAGCAGACGAUCGACGUGGUUGCUCGGUUACAUUGCCGUCGUUGCAAGUUUCCCGAUGCUAGGGUUUGUUCUGAAUUACGUCUUCCGCAAGAAACGAAGAUCUGUCCCCAAGUUACUAAGGUGAUUCAAUCUCGAUUCAUAUUGACAUCAAUUAUGAGAUGAAAGUGUUUGAUUGUUUUGGUCAAGGAAAUAAUCUCUUCCGAGACGCUAAUAUCAGCAGCCGCGUUUAAGGAUUAGCGUUUGCGAUUCGAUUACGAUCUGUUGCGAUUGUCAUAUGUUAGUUCAGGCCUAAAAACAGGAGGUUAUUAUGCAAAGUUGCGUUUAAGUA